UUUAAGAGGUCUUGUGGGGUCCCCCUUUUAUUUGCCUUUGAGCACAAAUGACAAACAGAAUGCAAUUGGAUUUUUUCCUCCACCGAAAAAGUUAAAACAGCUUCAAUGGCUCCUUUCUGUCUUCUGCUGCAUAAACAAAUCUCUUCUCAGAUCAUCUAACACAGUCCUUCACCAUUGGUUUCUUUCAUCAAAAUCGUUCAUUCAUUCGUUCUCAAUGUUGCUAAGAAACUCAGUUUCCAACACCAAGAAGUUCUUCAGAAGGACUCUCCAGAAUUUCAAGUCUUUCUUCUCUACAGGAUACGAAAGGCUUCCAAAAUCUUCACCUUCUCCUCUAAUCCACAUGAAUACACUUCAUCAAAGUCAUCAUCCAGAGUUGGAGAAGCUCAAUGCUCAUCACCAAUGGGAUUCAGAGAAAAAGAACGCAGAGAGGAGACAGGAAAUGGAGGAUGAGGAUGAGGAGUAUCAUGAGAGUCCAUUACUGAAGAAGGAGAAGAAGAUGAUGAAGCAAAGAGACAAUGAGAGGAACAUGAUAAGCCAUCAAAAGGGAAGGCAAGAGGAUUCACCAGUGAGAAAUUAUAUGGUUGAAAGGAAGCUGAGGGAGCUGGAGAUGCUGGAUAUGGGGAAUGUGGAAUAUGUAUUGGACAUUGAAGAGGUUCUUCAUUACUAUUCUAGGCUCACGUGUCCUGCAUAUCUUGAAAUUGUGGAUAACUUCUUCAUGCAGAUGUACUCUGAGUUCUUGUCUCCUGUUUCUUCUAAGCUACCCCUUCCAAAUCAAUAAGCCUAUCUUCCUUCUUA